AUGGCCCUGACGGCUAGACAUCGAUGGUGUAUGUCCAAGCUUGUCGAAGCCUUCGGCCCGGACGUCGACGCAAGCAAAUCACAGGCGUUUAUGCGGAUGGACGAGAACCUGACCCGUUUCAACAGCCUCUUCGCUGGUGAUGGCCCCAACAGACUCUUUGUGUACUUCCAGGCCGCGGACCGAGCAGACGAGGAUGAAGCAGGUGGGACGGAAAUGUUUGUGACCGACGGGGCUAGCGAGCUGCUGUCCAACAAGUGCUGUUUUUUCCUGCGGAACGCCAAGGAGGGUGCAUCUUUGGAUACGGCCAGCGGAGGAGACCAGUCGUUGUUGUUUGGAGAAAUCAGCGGUAGCGCCCUCGCCGGUAUCGAGGCCGCUCUCAGCAGGUUCCUUAAACCCCUCCUUAGCGAGAGCGACGGCUGGGGGAAGGCAGACACCGAACAAAAGGUUGACUUUCUGGCGGAGACAGACCACUUUAUCCACGCGCUCAAGGAGGGCCUGAAGUCGCUGGUGGGGGGGCUGGAGUUGCGGGGCAUGGACUCCGAGACGAGGGAGAGCUCCGAAUGUCUCGACACACGAAAUUUCACGCAGAGGGUGAACCAAAACCCCGAGCUGAUUCCGCGGUUCGAGAACCUGCUGGAGGAAUGGUGCAAUCAAAUAGAGGAAUAUCUCAACCCUCGAGAGUGUGUCGGUGAUGACGGAGAAGGGGGGCGCGAUGCAGGUCCAAAGGGCGAGCUGGAGUACUGGCGGAAUCGAAUGCAGCGGCUCACCAGUAUCACCGAGCAGCUGAAGCGAAAGGACUGCAAGGAUGUGAUCGGACUCCUGUCCACCCUCACCAAGAAUUCGGCCGACCCAAGCAAGCAAAAGAUUGCGAACCUAUUGCGGAGAUGGAAACAGAUUGACGUGAACGUCACCGAGGCCGCCAAUGAGGCGAAGGACAACGUGAAGUUCCUCUAUACCCUGGAGCGCUUCAUCGAACCCUUGUACAGCGGGACCGCCACGACCAUCAUCGACACUCUGCCGGCCCUCAUGAACAGCAUCAAGAUGAUACACACCAUUGCCAGGUAUUACAACACGACAGAACGAAUGACCGGGCUGUUCGGGAAGAUUACGGACCAGAUGAUCGUAAAUUGCAAGGACUGCAUCACGGGCAAGGACAGCAUGGACGCUCUCUGGGAAAAGGACCCCCAAGAACUAGUCCGGCAGCUGGAAUCAUGCCUCAAGCUCAACGAGGCCCACCAGGAGCAGUACCGUCUGACCAAAACUAAACUGCAGCAGACCCCAAGGGGGAAGCAGUUCGACUUCAGCGAGACGGAAAUAUUUGGAAAAUUCGACCUGUUCUGUCGAAGGGUGAUCAAGCUCAUUGACAUGUUCAGCACCAUCGACCAGUUUAACUCGCUCUCGGAGAACAAGUUGGAAGGAAUGGAAGGGCUUAUCGACCAGUUCCACUCCAUCGUCAAGGACUUCCGUCUAAAGCGGCACGACCUGCUGGCGUAUCACAACAACAAGUUCGAUAGAGACUACGUGGAGUUCAACGUCAAGAUCUCGGACUUGGAAUGCAGUCUCCAGGCAUUCAUCAACCAGAGCUUCGAAAACAUCACCUCUAUCGAGCACUCCCUGAAGCUUCUGCACAAGUUUCAAUCUAUCCUGCAACGAGAGAGCCUCAAGUCAGACCUCGACUCGAAGCUCAACAUUAUUUUCCAGAACUACGGGAUGGAGCUUGAGCAAGUGCAGCAGCUGUACGAGAAGCAGAAGCAUGACCCUCCGAUAUCUCGCAAUCUUCCCCCUGUGGCUGGGAACAUCACCUGGUCCAGGCAUUUGUUGAAGCGCAUCGAAGAACCUAUGAAGCAAUUCGAGAGCAACCAGAACGUUCUCGCUGGAAAAGAUGCCAAGCGAAUCAUCAAGAUCUACAACAAAGUGGCGCGGACCUUGGUCGCGUUUGAGUACCUCUGGUACCAGGCUUGGGUUCAGAGCAUCGAGCAAGCUAAGGCGGGGCUGCAGGCGACGCUUAUCAUUCGUCACCCGGACGAUGGUAAGCUGUACGUCAACUUCGACCAGGAGAUUCUUCAGCUCAUCAGAGAGGCCAAGAUUCUCGACCGCAUGGGGAUAGAGAUUCCCGAAUCGGCUAAGAUCGCCUUGUUCCAGGAAGUGAAGUUCAAGAGCUACUACCACGAUCUCCACUGGGCCCUAACCGAGUAUGAUCGCGUUGUGACCGAGGUUAUCCCUGUGACCGCAAUGGUCCUGCGACCUCACUUUAACGAUAUGGAGUACAAGCUGAGGCCGGGGAUGAUCACGCUGACGUGGACAAGCAUGAACAUCGAUACCUACAAGGGACAGGUGCACCACGGGCUCCAAAAGCUGGAAGAGUUGGUGUCCAACAUCAACGAUAUUGUCGAGAACAGGAUUGAAAAGAACCUAAAGAUCGUUUCCAAGACUCUCCUCGUCGACCUGCCGGACGACCAGAGCUUCACUGUGCAGGAGUUCGUCGACAUGCAGCGCAAACACAUUGUGACGAGGUCACGGUUGCUCCAGGGCAAAAAUGUUGAAAUCUUGCACGCGGUGGAGGACUUGAUCAAGAUCGUCAGGGCUCAUCCCCUCUAUGACCACCUGGAGACGGUCAGCGAGGAGGAGGUUACCAAGCUCAAGAAGCACUACAACCACUUCAUGUAUCAGGCGCUACUUCACUGCGCCAAGAACAGCAUGAACAUGCUCAAGAACCGAAUACAGUCCAGGACCGGCGGGACAGGGGUUUUCCUCUUCGUUCAGAAGCCUUUCUUCGAGGUCGAUGUACAGCUGGAGCCUCCGGCAAGGGUAAGUCUGAUGCCGUCAUUAGACGACAUCCAGGGCUGCAUCAACAAAAGCGCGCAGGCUAUCCUCGGCUGCUUCAAGCAGGUCAACGACUGGGACGCGACGAAUCCCACGGAGGGGGCUGGCAUCAUGGCGGCGGCCGGGCAGAAGGCUGUGAGGACUUUCUUCGAACGGAUUACCAAAGACAUCGAGAUCGUCAGAGUCGCACUGCUCCUCACCGGGUGCAUCCAGGGCAUCCGGAACACGGUAAACGACUACCUCCUGUCCUUCGGCGGCUACGACUGGCUGUGGAAAGACGACAAGGACGAGGCGUACGACGACUUCAUGUCGAAGAACCCGAGUCUCGACCACUAUGAGGCGAAGCUCAAGACCUUCAGCGCCACGGAGGACGAAAUAGGCGAGAACGACGAUAGGAUAGGUUCGAUUCAUAACAUGGGAGCACUGAGCCUCAACACUUCCAGCUUGAAGAGCCAGCUGAAGCGGGAAUGCUCCGCUUGGAAGACCAAGUAUUGCCAGAACCUACACCGGCAGGCAAAGGACAGCCUAGAGAGCCUCACGGAGUACAUGCGGGUGACCAUGGGUAAACUGAAGAAGGAGGUGCGAGAUCUGGACGGCCUGCGUUUCAUGAUGAACAUGCUCAAAGAGGUCCGACAGAGAGAGUCUGGCAUCAACAUGGAGAUCAAUCCGAUCAUGAACAUGUAUCAGAUGCUGGAGCAUCACCUGGGCAACUCUUUCAUGGAAAAGGAGGAGAUCGACAAGAAGACCGUCAUCCGUACCAAUUGGAAGAAGCUGAUCAAGCAGGCUGAGUCCCGAGCGGAUGAGCUCAGCAAGACUCAGAUCAGCUUCAAGCGAGCGCUCAUCCGCGACAUCCGCGACUUCUCCAAGGACGUUACCAAGUUCCGGGCCGACUUCGUGAGAGACGGACCCAUGGUUCAGGGUAUUCCUCCAAUGGAUGCAGUGGAGAGGCUUAACCGCUUCAAGGAAGAAUCCAAGAUACGCGAAAGGAAGCACGAGCUCUACACAGGGGGCGAGGAGCUGUUCGCCCUGCCUUUGACGGAGUAUCCCGACCUGGAAAAGACCAGAAAGGACUCCUCGCCUGAAGGAUACUCCCCCGUUGGCGCUGAGAGCUCUCUCAGUUCUGGGGGAGGCUUUCCUCGGACUGAUCGCAGCAUCAAGGAGCUGAAGCUCUCUGACCAGCUGUUCGGCCUUUACGUCGACGUGCUCGAAACACUGGGAGAGUGGAAGCAUGUGCCGUGGACUGAGGUAGUGUCGAACAUCGCCAACAUGACCGACAAGAUGGACAACUUUGCUGCCCGCUGCAAGAAACUACCGGGCAGACUGAAGCAGUGGGAUGCCUUCACCCAGCUAAGGACCGACAUUGACGACUUCUUGACGGUCUUGCCCCUCCUACAAGAGCUAAGCAAAGACUCCAUUCAGCCUCGUCACUGGGUCGAAGUCAUGGAGGUGACCGGAUCGGAGUUCGAAGUUGGGCCGGAGUUCCGGCUCCAAACACUGCUGGAAAUUGGAAUGGUCGACAAGAAGGAGCCGCACCCCAACCCUGCGGUGGAGCAGUACAUCGAAGAGAUCACGGAGGGGGCCGACAAGCAGCUCAAAAUCGAGGUUGGGCUGGCGGAGAUCACCGAGAAGUGGGGGGCAGAGUCGUUCGUUUUCAGCGAGUGGAAGGGGAGGGGGAUCAACGUGCUCAAGGGGACAGGCACCAUCGUCGAGGAGCUGGAAGAGGCUCAGAUGAACCUUCAAACGAUGCUCUCGAUGAGGCACGUGACGCCCUUCCGCGAGGAGGCCCAGAACGAGCUGCAGGUCCUCAGCGACACGUCCGAUACCCUAGAGCGAUGGCUGAAGGUCCAAAUGAUGUGGUGUUCGUUGGAGUCUGUGUUCACCGGCGGCGACAUUGCCAAGCAGAUGCCCAUGGAGGCAAAGAAAUUCGCAAAGAUUGACAAGGACUGGGCAAAAAUAAUGGCGAAGGCAACGGAAACCGGCAAUGUGUGCGAAUGUGCGGCUAACGAGAUGCUCCGAACGUCUCUGCCCGUGAUGUACACGGAGCUGGAGAAGUGUCAAAAGAGCCUGGAGGGUUACCUGGAGCAGAAGAGGAACAAGUUCCCCCGCUUCUACUUCGUCUCCAACCCCGGGCUGUUGGUCAUCCUGUCCCAGGGCAGCGACCCACUGAGCAUGAACGACCACUACGAGAAGGUGUUCGAUGCCAUCUCCACGGUGCAUCACAACAAGAAUGACAAGCAGAUCAUCGAGAAGAUGAACGGCCAAGGGGCCGGCGCGGAAACGAUUCCUUUCAGCGUGGCCGUCAAGGCUCAGGGUAACAUCGAGGACUGGCUCUGCGACCUCCUGUUCAAGAUGCAGCUGACUAUGAAGGAUUUGACGCGGAUCUGCGCCGCGGACGUCGCCAAUGUCGGCUCGGACAUCUCUCGGCUCCGAGGCUUUGUGGACAGCUCCUACGCGCAGUUCGCCCUUCUCGGCGUCCAACUCAUGUGGACCACAGACGUGCAGUCGGCGCUAGAGCAGUGCCGGCAAAAGAAAAACAUUAUCAAGGAGACCAACCAGAAGCAGCUCGAAGUGCUGAGGGAAAUGUCCAGCUGGUGCUUGCAGGACUUGGGUUCGUCUUCAAACCGUACCAAGGUGGAGACCCUCGUGACAAUCCACGUACACCAGAGGGACGUCAUGAACGACCUCGCCACCCUGCACAGGCACAAGCGCAUCUCAGACGCGAACGAUUUCGAAUGGCUCAAGCAGGCACGCUUCUACUGGAGACCCAAUUCUACGGACGACGUCAAUGACGACGGCGCUUGCGUGAUCGCCAUCACCGACGUCGACUUCAACUACCAGUUCGAGUACCUGGGCUCCAAGGAGCGGCUGGUGGUGACGCCGUUGACCGAUAGGGCCUACAUCACCCUUGCGCAAGCGUUGGGCAUGUACUUCGGCGGUGCCCCGGCAGGACCGGCGGGGACCGGAAAAACUGAGUCUGUCAAAGACCUCGGACGCGCUCUCGGGAUCUUUGUGGUGGUGACGAACUGCACCGACCAGCAAAAGUACACCGACUGUGCCAAGAUCUUCAAGGGGCUGUGCCAGGGAGGGUUGUGGGGCUGCUUCGACGAGUUCAACCGCAUCCUGCUGCCCGUGCUCUCCGUGGUGGCCCAGCAGGUGUUGGCGAUCCAAAACGCCAAGAAGACCGGGAUGCAGUUCUUCCAGUUCCCUGGCGACCCUCAGAACAUCCUCCUCAAGCCUGUCUGUGGGUUCUUCAUCACGAUGAACCCCGGUUACGCCGGGCGACAAGAGUUGCCUGAAAACCUCAAGGCGUUGUUCCGUGGGGUGGCUAUGAUGGUUCCAGACUUCCAGAUCAUCAUGAAGGUGAAGCUCUGUUCCGUUGGGUACGCAGAGUUUGAGAUUCUGUCCCAGAAGUUCUUCGUGCUGUACAACACCUGCAAGGAGCAGCUGUCCGCCCAGAAGCACUACGAUUGGGGGCUCAGGAAUAUCCUCGCCGUGCUGCGGACGGCAGGGAAGACGAAGCGCGACAAUCCCGACAAAGCCGAGGCAUUCCUCAUGUACCGGACUCUCCGAGACAUGAACCUCAGCAAGCUCGUCGCCCAGGACGUCCCCCUUUUCUUGUCUCUUCUGGCUGACCUUUUCCCGUCGACGCCCGCUCCGCCGAAGGGCGAAUACCCCGAGAUUGAGGCUGCUCUUCAGGUUGCCGUGGCAACCGAAAGGCUAGUAUACCACGCAGGCUGGGUAGCGAAGGUUAUUCAGCUCUACGAGACCACCCUAGUGAGGCACGGUAUCAUGCUCGUGGGACCUACCGGCGGGGGCAAGACCAAGAUCUUCCGCACCCUGCGAAUGGCCCUCGACAAGACCACGGGGAUAACGCAUAAAGACAGCCGCUUUAACCCGAAGGCCAUUCGCGCUCAGGAGAUGUACGGCGAGGUCGACCCCGCCACUGGGGAGUGGAACACGGGUGUUUUCGCCGCUAUGUGGGCCAAGUACAACAACCGACAGAACGCGUACAACACCUGGAUCAUCGCCGACGGCCCCGUCGACGCGAUCUGGAUCGAAGACCUUAACACCGUGCUCGACGACAACAAGAUCUUGACCCUCGCCAACGGAGACCGUAUGCCCAUGACUGACAACGUGAAGGCAAUGUUCGAGGUGGAAACGUUGGUAAACGCCUCUCCCGCAACGGUGUCUCGAGCUGGCAUCAUCUUCGUGUCGGACACUGACCUCGACUGGUCACCCGUAGUGGAGGGCUGGAUCUUGAAGCGGCCCGCGGCAGAGCAACCGGUAUUCACCGAACUGUUCUCCAGGUGGAUGGGUGCGAGUGAGCCCACCAACCCGGGGCACUGUAUCGACUUCCUCAACCGCAACACAAACCAGGUCAUGACCGCUAGCCGCGUCGGGGUGACUGCGGGACUGUGUGACCUCAUCACGGGAAUGACCUCCGGGGCUGGCUGCGCCACCCUGGGACCCAACCUCGCCAUCGAGUUGGAGAAGCUCUUCGUUUACUCGCUCAUUUGGUCGGUUGGCGGAUUGCUUGAAUUCGAAGACAGGGUUAAGUUCGACCAGUGGAUGCGCGCUCUGGACAACAACCACGUCAUGCCGGACUUGGAGGAAGGCGAGACCAUUUUCGAGUACUACGUCAACUUGGGCACCUUCGAAUGGGAGAAGUGGCGCCCCCCUCUUUGGGAGUACCCUUCGACGGAUGUGCUCGAUUUCUCGAACUUGCUCGUGCCCACGAUGGACUCGACGCGUGCCCUGUUCCUCCUGCGGAUGCUGCACAAGCAGAGGAAGGCGGUGCUCAUGGUCGGGGCAGAGGGGACUGCAAAGACGUCGACGGCACUCAUGUUCUUCACUGAGCUGGACCCUGUCAAAACCGCCGUCAAGAGGAUCAACUUUUCGAGUGCGACAACACCGUUCAUGUGCCAAAACUCCAUCGAGGUGGAGCUGGACAAGCGCGGAGGCAAGAACUUCGGUCCCCCCGGUGGCAAGAAGAUGACCAUCUUCAUGGAUGACCUGUCCAUGCCUGAGGUGAACGCGUGGGGUGACCAGCCCACCCUGGAAAUGGUGCGGCUUAUCGUGGAAUGGGGGGGCUUCUGCUUCCUGGACAAGGACAAACGAGGAGACUUCAAGGUGUGCGAGGACUUGCAGUACAUCGCCGCCAUGGGCCACCCAGGCGGCGGCAAGAACGACAUCCCCAACCGCCUCAAGAGAAACUUUUUCAUCUUCAACCUAGUGCUGCCAAGUAUCACGUCAAUCAACGACAUCUACGGACAGAUGCUGAGGGGGAGGUUCAAGGAUGGCGGCUUCGACGCAGAAGUUAUGAAGGUGGUAGGAAACCUCACCCAGGUGACUAUCAGCCUGUGGCGUACUAUGAAGGCAAAGAUGCUCCCAACGCCGGCCAAGUUCCACUACCUCUUCAACAUGCGCGACCUCUCCCGAGUUUUCCAGGGUAUACUGCUCACACCCAAGACCACCAUCACAGAGAGGGGCGGGACACGGGCCGUCGAGGGCAAGCUCAACAUGAGCCCCGUAGAGGUGCUGGUCAACCUGUGGCGGCAUGAGUGCGAGCGAGUGUUCUGCGACAAACUCACGACAAACAAGGACAAAGAGUUCUUCGACAAGUACCUGUCUGGUCUAGUCGGAGAGGUGUUCGGCGAGGAACUCAUGGACAAGACCAAGCCGGACUUCUACAUGGUCAACUUCCUCCGGGACGACGUUCUCGACGAGGAAGGGUCUCUUGUAGAGGAGGCGCCGAAGGUGUACGAGCCUGGAGGGCUCUUGACCGACAUCCGUGACCGUGUGAAAGAGUUCAUGGGGAAACACAACGAGGAGUUCCCGGCCAAGAAGCUGGAAUUGGUGCUGUUCGACGAUGCUCUGAGACAUCUCCUACGGCUCAACCGCCUUAUCGAGAUGCCGAGGGGUUCGGCCCUCCUCGUCGGCGUCGGCGGGUCGGGAAAGCAGAGUCUCACCCGCCUGGCCAGCUACAUCUCGAGAGCUGUGUGCUUCCAGAUCACCUUGACCAAGACCUACAACAUCAACAGCUUCAUGGAAGAUCUCCGGUUCAUGUACAAAAAUGCGGGGCAUUUGCGCAAGCCGACCGUGUUCCUGUUCACCGAGGCGGAGAUCAAGGACGAGGUUUUCCUGGAGGUGAUGAACUCCGUUCUCAUGACUGGGGAGAUCCCUGGACUGUUCGCGAAAGACGAGAUGAUGGCCAUGACGGCCGAUCUGAGGAACUCCUUCCUCAAGGCACGGCCGGGACAAGAGGAAACGUGGGACAACAUGAAGCAAUACUUCGUGGACUGCGUGAGGGAUAACUUGCACCUCAUCCUCUGCAUGUCUCCGCUCAACCCCAAGUUCCCUGUCAGGGCGAGGAAAUUCCCCGGCUUGAUCUCGGGCCCAACGAUCGACUGGUUCUUGCCGUGGCCCGAGGAGGCCUUAGUCGCUGUUUCCCACGGUCUCGUGGCGGAGUUCCCCAUGGACUGCCCUGCCGAUGUCAAGUCACUCCUCAUGACGCACAUGGGUGUGGUGCACCGCAUGGUCACUGAGGUUUGCGACGAAUACUUUACCAAGAUGCGAAGGCAGGUCUACCAGACGCCCAAGUCCUACCUCUCCUUCCUGCAGCUAUAUAAGGCCAUGUACAAGGAGAAAAUUAACGAACUCAAGGAGAAAGAGAUGAGACUCAAUCUUGGGCUGCAGAAGCUCAUUCAGGGCGCCAAGGACGUCGCGGCGAUGAAGAUCGUGCUCGCCGAGGAGCAGAAGAAGCUCGAGGUGGCCACGGCAGAGACAAUGAAGAUGCUCUCUAGCCUAGAGGUGUCUUCUGCGGAGGCUCGCAAGGAGGGAGAUCAGGUGGCUACCAUCAAAACCAAGUGCGAAGACGACGCUCGAAGAAUCGCGGCGGAAAAAGAUUCUUGUAUGAGCGAUUUGGCUAAGGCCCAGCCUUUCGUGGACCAGGCCGACAAAGCCAUCAGCUCGAUCAAGCCUGGGCACAUCCAGGAAGUCAAGAAACUGCCCAACCCUGCGGACGUGAUCAAGAUGGUGUUCGACUGCAUCCUUUUGCUGUUCCAUUUGCCGACUCUUCCAGUGAAGUCGUUCAAGCUCAACAUCGCCAAGAAGGAGGUGGAGUUUUUCGAGACUUCUUUCAAGCCCUACGGCCUAUCCUGCAUGUCCAACCCGGCCUUCCUCAACAACGUUAUCGACUUCGGCAAGUUCGGAAAGGACAAGAUCAACGAGGAGACCAUCGAGUUCCUGGUACCCUAUCUCGAGAUCGAGGGCUUCAACCCGCAGGUGGCCAAGAACGCAUCGGCCGCCGCGGAGGGCCUGUGUACCUGGGUAAGGGCAAUGAAAUUCUACCACGAAGCUUCAAAGAUUGUCAAGCCAAAGCUCGAGGCGCUUGCUAUCGCCGAGGGUCAAAUGGACGCUGCCAACAAGGCUUUGAACGCGGCCGAGAUGCGUCUUCAGGCGUGUACAGGGCGACUCCAAGAGCUACAGACUAUGUUCGACAAUCAGAUGGCGGAGAAGAAGAGAAUCGAGGACGGAGCCAUGGCCUUGCAGCGCAAGAUGAACCAGGCGUCCACCCUCAUCGGUGGACUGGCGGGCGAGCGCACGCGUUGGACGGAGGACAGCGAGAAGUCGGCAGACCUGAAGCGGCGUCUGGUCGGGGACUGCGCGCUCGGGUCGGCCUUCGUGUCGUACUGCGGGCCCUUCAACCAGGAGUUCCGACAGUACAUGGUCACCGACAAGUUUACCGCCGACUUGCAGGUCCGAAAAAUCCCUGUGACUCAGAAUCUCGACAUCAUCCCGUUCCUCGUGGACAUCGGUACCAUCGGAGACUGGAACAUCCAGGGCCUGCCCACCGACCCAUUGUCUAUUCAGAACGGUAUCCUGGUUACGAGAUCUUCUAGGUAUCCGUUGAUGAUCGACCCUCAAGGACAGGCAGUCAGUUGGAUCCGAAGCAAGGAGUCCUCCAACCUUCCUACGUUCGGAGUGGCCGCCCUGAACGACCCCAAGCUCAGGGAUAAGCUGGAGUUUACCAUGGGUGACGGAAAAGCUUUGAUCAUCUUGGGUGUGGAGCAGGACAUUGACCCCAUGCUCGACCCGGUCAUGGAGAAACAGUUCGUCGUCAAGGGAAAGAAAAUGUCGGUCAACGUGUCCGAUAAGGCCAUGGACUUCGACCCCAGGUUCAUGAUGUACUUCAUCACUCGCCUGCCCAACCCCAGCUUCAGCCCGGAGCUUCAGGCAAAGGUCACCCUUGUCGACUUCACGGUUACUCAGAAGGGACUGGAAGAGCAGCUCCUCGGCCGCGUGAUCGGCAAAGAGCAGAAGGCUCUCGAGGAGCAGCUCAGUGACGUGCUGGAAGAGGUUAAUUCCAAUACCAAGGCGCUUCUUGCACUGGAUGCUUCUUUGCUGGAACGCUUAACUUCGAACACUGGGAAUUUGCUGGAGGAUGAGGAGCUCAUCGGGGUGCUUGCAAAUACCAAGGCGAAAGCGGCGGACGUGAACCAGAAGCUAGUUGCCGCGGACGAAACGAAGAAGUCCAUUAACGAAAAGCGCGAGCAGUUCCGACCCGUCGCGACGAGGGGCUCCGUCCUCUACUUCUCCGUGGUGGAGUUGUCGCUGGUCAACGUCAUGUACCAGACGUCCCUCGACCAAUUCUUGGAGAUCUUCAUGGGGUCCAUGGAUAGGGCUGAGAAGGCCUCGUUGGCAUCCAAAAGGGUGACCAACAUUAUCGAGACAAUGACCUACAUGUGCUACCGGUACAUCAACCGGGGCCUGUACGAGAAGGACAAGCUGACGUUCGUGCUGUUGGUGACCAUGAAGAUCCUCAUCACGGCGGCCCUCCUCAAGACCACGGACCUCACCAUCUUCCUUAGGGGAGGGGCCGCCCUCGAUAUCAACUCGGUGAGACGAAAGCCUUUCAAUUGGCUCUCUAACGAAGCUUGGCUGAACGUGCUGGAGUUGUCCCAGUCGUCCAAGUUCUUCUCCAACCUGCCCAACGACAUGGCGGGCAACGAGUCCAUGUGGCGAAGGUGGUACGAAGACAACGAACCUGAGUCGAUCGCGAUUCCGGACUACGAGAAUCGCAUCCUCGAGCAGGUAUCGAUCGGGCCGUUCUACAAGCUUCUGCUCGUCCGCUCGAUGCGAAUGGACCGAACCAUCCUGACGUGCAAGGAGUUCGUGAGGAACACCGCGGAGAUGGGGCCGCCUUUCGUAGAGCCCGUAACGGAUACAAUAGAGAUGAUCUUCGACGAGAUGAAAGCGGAAAUCCCCGUUAUCUUCCUGCUCUCCGUGGGAGCCGACCCUACCGAGAGCAUCGAGGUUUUAGCCAGACGGAAAAAGCUCCCACCACCGUCGGUCAUCUCCCUUGGAGAGGGCCAGGAGCCGGUUGCGAUUCGGGCCAUGAACGCCGCGGCGGUGAAUGGCACCUGGGUGCUGUUGCAGAAUUGCGAGCUCGGCCUCGGCCUGAUGAACGAAAUGGAGGACUUGUUCGGGAAGCUGAAGGAAGGGAUGGACCCUGCCUUCAGACUGUUCAUCACAGCCCUGCCAAACGACGAGUUCCCGCUAGGGUUGCUUCAAAUGUGUACCAAGGUCACCAACGAACCACCGGCGGGCUUGAAAGCGGGCAUCCUCCGAUCCUACACGGUCAUCGUGGACCAGGAGAGGCUAGAGAGGGUGGAAACCGCGCAGUGGAGGCAACUGUUGUUUGCACUCUGCUUCCUGCACUCGGUGGUGCAAGAGCGACGAAAGUUUGGUCCCCUUGGGUGGUGCAUCCCGUACGAGUACAACAACGGCGAUCUCACGGCCUGCAUUCUCUUCUUGGAGAAGCAUCUCUACAACGGGCCCAUCAGUUGGCCAACCUUCCAGUACAUGGUGUCGGAGGUGCAGUACGGCGGGAAGAUCACCGACGACCUCGACCGACGCAUGUUCAAGACUUAUACACAGGUGUGGCUUACCCCGAGCACGUGCGCGGAUAGCUUCACGUACAACCCACCAAACCCGAUCUUCCGCAUCCCUCAAGACUUCAAGUACACCAUUCCGAGCUCCGAACAACUGGGCACCUUCAAGGACUUCAUCAAGACCUUCCCGGAGAUCGACACUCCCGAGAUCUUUGGCCUUCACCCGAACGCCGACCUCACCUUCCGAGUUAAGGAGGUCAACGCCCUCUUCGCGACCUUGGGCAACACACAGCCAAAGGGCGGCGGGGGAGGCGGCGGAGCCAGUCGCGAGGACGUGGUCUUCGAGAAGGCCGCCGAGCUCUUGGAGCGGCUGCCGGAGGACUACAUAGAGGACGACUACAAGGCAAAGCUGCAGAAGCUCGGAGGGCUGGCGGUGCCUCUGAACAUCUUCCUCUUCCAGGAGAUCCAGCGUUUGCAGAAGGUUAUCGCGAAGGUCCGCUCUAUCCUCACGCAACUGCAGCAGGCGAUCAAGGGGGAGGUGGUCAUGACAGAGGAGCUGCAGGAGACUCUUUACGCUGUGUAUGACGCUAAGGUUCCAAGAUUAUGGGCCUUCACCAUCACCGGCGACGAAUUUUCGUGGAUCUUGCCAACCUUGGGUCUUUGGUUCAGCUCCCUCAUCACGAGGGACGAGCAGGACCGGACAUGGCUCAACAACGGGCGCCCGACUUGCUACUGGCUCACCGGUUUCUUUAACCCACAGGGCAUGCUUACGGCCAUGAAGCAGGAGGUGACUCGCAAACACAAGGCGGAGAAGUGGGCGUUGGACGACGUGGUCUACCACACCGAAGUCACCUCGUAUGAGCGGAUGGAGCAGGUCCGAUCGCCCCCGGCGGAGGGAGUGUACAUCCACGGCCUUUUCUUGGACGGCGCGGCAUGGUCAAAGCAAGAGGGGGUCAUGGUGGAGUCAGAGCCAAAGAAGCUGUUCGUGUCGCUGCCUGUUUUGUUCGUUAGUGCCAACACCAAGAGCGACCAGGUGAAGGUGAAGCGCGAGAUGUUCGGCGCCCAGGGACCCUUUGAGUGUCCGUGUUACAAGUACUCGGCCAGGACAGAUCGCUACAUCAUCUUCAUGGUCAACCUCAAGUGCACUAUGGAGAAGAAUCCGCAGUUCUGGACCCUCAGGGGAACCGCCCUCCUUUGCAACACUGACUGA